AUAAUUCAUCAAUUUCUCUUGCCAUUGUUCUUUAGUUGAAAUUUCUCCAGUCUUCCACUUUUGUGCUAUCAGAAUUCUCGCCGCCGUGGUAUCAUAGACUGCCAUGCCUAACACAUUCAGUACACUGUGAUUUCCUGCCGAGUCUCCUUUCAGCCCCAAAAUUCCAGGGCGAGUUUGUUUACCCAGAGAUUUCUGCCAUGAGUCAUAAUUAUGAAACGUAGUAUCAACUCACUUAACAAAUCCCCGAACAAAAGCUGGUCUCCGUAGCAGUAAGGAUAAAUAGGCGGGGACCAGCAAGGGCAAACAGUACCAGCUCAAGUUUAAGUGCAGAGAAAAUAGACGGACAGCAAGAGGAGAGAGCCUGCAUCCAAGUCUGUGAUGUCUGGGAGCCAUUUCCACAGCGUCCUGGUCACAGGAGCCAAUCGGGGUAUCGGGCUGGAAUUGGUGAAGCAGCUCCUGGAACUACGAGAACCACCAAAAUGGGUCUUCGCCACAUGCAGGGAUCCACAUGGAGGAAGAAUCCAGGAACUGAGAUCUCUGGCUUCUAAACAUCCCGGCCUCGUGAUUCUGCAGCUGGAGUCCACCGAUGAGGCUAGCAUCAAUGCUGCUGCGAAGGAAGCUGAGGUCCACCUGGCCGGAAGUGGACUAAAUCUGCUUAUCAACAAUGCGGGCGUCAUGCCCCCGAGCACCCUGGAGUCGGUGACCAAAGAAGAUAUGCUGAGCGUCUACCGUAUCAAUGUCGUUGGCCCAAUGCUAGUGACAAAGGCAUUUCUGCCCAUGCUGAAGGCGGCUGCUAAGAGGAGCAGCAGGAAGGGGCUGAGCUGCAGCAGGGCUGCCAUCAUCAACGUCUCCACCAUCGGCAGCUCAAUCGCAAAGCCCCCUCCCAUGGUCAUGUUCCCCGUCAUUUCUUACCGCUGCAGCAAGACGGCGCUGAACAUGCUCACGCGGUGCCAGGCGCUGGAGUACAAGGAUGACGGGAUCCUGUGCGCUGCACUUCACCCAGGAUGGGUGAAGACGGAACUGGGAACAGACAAGGCGGACCUGACGGUGCAAGAGAGUGUGCAGGGGAUCAUCCGAGUGCUUUCCAGCCUCUGCGAAGAGCAAAAUAGCCGACUGGUGGACUGGGAGGGGAGGAUUGUGCCCUGGUGAAGCCAGCAGCCAAAGAGGGAUCUCUCCCGAUGGAUGUGUCCGUGUGUCCCAAACCAGGUCAGCUCCAAGUAUGUGGUAGCAUCUAGCUGCCAUGACAGCACUUACAAUAAAUAAAUCGCAUGGAUUUCAUAACCUGUCCUGGUCUUCCAUCAUUUCUUGCUAGCCAUAAAAAUGCACCAGAGAAGCAAUUCCUGACCACUGGCCCUGUUAGUUAGGUAUCAUGGGAGUUGUAGUUCCAAAACAUCUGGCGAGCCAAGGUUGCCUAUGCCUGCAAGAGAGACUGAAACACACUGAAUAGCUGUCAGGGCUUGAGUCAGGUGUAGGUUAGCAAAAAAACAACUAAAUCACCUGAGGCCAGUGAACUCUUUAUUCAAGGAAACAAACCACAUCUCAGGCCUAGUGGUCUCAGAAUCUGAAGAAGUGUGCAUGCACACAAAAGCUC